AUGGAUGUUGCGUCGGCCGUCCAGAACUACAUCUCCAAGAUCGCUGGCCCUGGCGAAGGUGCCGCGGCCACGCAGAGUCAGAAGCUGAAGAUUCUCCUACUGGACCCUGCGACUGUGUCCAUAGUCUCGACGGCCAUCACGCAGUCUGCCCUCCUCAAACACGAAGUCUUCCUCAUCGACCGACUCGACAAUGCAUCGCGCGAGCGCAUGCGCCACCUCAGAUGUCUCUGCUUCGUCCGGCCAUCACCAGACUCGAUACAGCUGCUCAUUGACGAGUUACGAGAUCCCAAGUAUGGAGAGUACAACAUCUACUUCAGUAACAUCAUAAAAAAGUCCUCCCUGGAGAGGCUAGCAGAGGCGGAUGACCAUGAGGUCGUCAAGGCCGUGCAGGAGUACUUUGCGGACUAUAUCGUGAUCAACCCAGACCUGAUGUCUUUGAACCUUGGAUUCCCAAGGCAACGCUUAUGGAGCCAUAGUCCAGAUAUAUGGAACACGGACGCACUGCAAAGGACGACGGAAGGCGUGAUUGCGUUGCUGCUCUCGCUCAAGAAGCAUCCUCUGAUCCGCUACGAGAAGAAUAGUCUCAUGGCAAAGAAACUGGCCACUGAGAUCCGAUACCAAAUGACGCAAGAAGAACAGCUGUUCGAUUUCCGCAAAACAGACACAUCACCUAUCCUGCUUAUCCUCGACCGAAGAGAUGACCCGAUUACCCCUCUACUUACGCAGUGGACCUAUCAAGCGCAGGUCCACGAACUAUUAGGCAUAAACAACGGCAGAGUUGAUCUCAGCCAUGUUCCUGAUGUACGGCCGGAACUACGAGAGAUCGUGCUCUCGCAGGACCAAGACCCCUUCUUCAAGAAGAACAUGUACCAAAACUUCGGCGACCUAGGUGGAAACAUCAAGGAAUAUGUCGACCAAUACCAAACGCGGACAAAGUCCAAUGCCCAAAUCGAAUCAAUAGCCGAUAUGAAGCGCUUCGUAGAGGACUAUCCCGAAUUCCGCAAAUUAUCUGGGAACGUAUCGAAACACGUAACCCUAGUCAGCGAACUCAGUCGGCGUGUGUCAGCGGACCUGCUGCUGGACGUCUCGGAGCUCGAACAGAGCCUCGUCUGCAACGACAACCACAAUAACGAUCUGCGAACUCUUCAACAACACAUUCAGAACCCCAGCAUCCCCGCCGAUAAUAAGAUCCGUCUCGUGGCACUGUACGCCAUCAGACACGAACGUAACCCGAACAACGCUCUGCCCGUACUACUCGAUCUCCUCACCACCGUCGCCGACAUCUCUCCGCACAAGUUGUCCAUCAUACCCAAACUCCUCGCAUACCACCACAGUCUCCAGCCCGCACCUGUGGCCGGCGGAUUCACAGACCUGUUCGAGUCUGCUUCUUCGCCCUUCAGCCAGUUCCGGCGCAACCUCAACCUCAAGGGCGUUGAGAACGUGUACACGCAGCACUCGCCCCGUCUGGAAAACACACUUCAGAACCUGAUCAAGGGGAGGCUGAAGGAGCUGCAGUACCCCUUCCUGGAAGGCCACACGCGCGACAAGCCUCAGGACAUUGUCGUUUUCAUGAUCGGAGGCGUGACGUACGAAGAGGCCAAGAUGGUGGCCCAAGUCAACGCAUCAGUCCCCGGUGUACGAGUCGUGCUUGGAGGGACAUGCGUGCAUAAUUCAGCCACGUUUCUUGAAGAAGUCGACGAUGCUGUGGGAAGUUGGCCUGAUCAAGGUCCAACGACGGCGCAGGGGAGGUUGGGAAGAGCUGUGGGGAGAUGA